CCUCCUUUUUCCUCACCACCGUUGUGAGCAGAGCUGCACGGUGGUCUGGGCUUAGGGAGUCCCCGGGUUUCCAUCCGUGUAUUGUGCGUCACGGAGAGAACCGGGUGAGGGCUCAAGGGGUGCGGUGAUCGUAGCUGAGGGACACCCUGGAGGAGGGGUGGCCACACGGUCCCCAUCCCUGCGCUGCAAUCGAACCCCUCCACACACCCUACAACCCUGGCUGGCUACUCUCACCGCAGCUUGCAUCCUGCAUCCCUGGGCUCUCAUCCCGCACGCUGCAUCCCAAGAGCAUCCUGCAUCCCUUAUUGCUGUGAGAAUCCUGCAUCUAACAUCCCGAAAGGAGAGGCCGGGCAUGUAGUAGCGGCAGUAGCAGCGGAAUAUGGGCGGGAACCACUCCCACAAGCCCCCAGUGUUUGAUGAGAACGAAGAAGUCAACUUUGACCACUUCCAGAUCCUGCGGGCCAUUGGUAAAGGGAGUUUCGGAAAGGUAUGCAUCGUGCAGAAGCGAGACACAAAGAAGAUGUAUGCCAUGAAGUACAUGAACAAGCAAAAGUGUGUGGAGAGGGAUGAGGUGCGGAACGUGUUUCGGGAGCUGCAGAUCAUGCAAGGGUUAGAACACCCCUUCCUGGUGAACCUGUGGUACUCCUUCCAGGAUGAGGAAGACAUGUUCAUGGUGGUGGAUCUGCUGCUGGGCGGGGACCUGCGCUACCACCUACAGCAGAAUGUUCACUUCACAGAGGGGACUGUGAAGCUCUACAUCUGUGAGCUGGCCCUGGCUCUGGAGUACCUGCAGAGGUACCACAUCAUCCACAGAGACAUCAAGCCAGACAACAUCCUGCUGGAUGAGCAUGGGCACGUGCACAUCACAGACUUCAACAUCGCCACGGUCCUGAAAGGAACUGAGAAGGCUUCUUCCAUGGCUGGCACCAAGCCCUACAUGGCCCCUGAAGUCUUCCAGGUGUAUGUGGAUGGAGGUCCUGGGUACUCAUACCCCGUGGACUGGUGGUCACUGGGUGUCACAGCCUAUGAGCUGCUACGAGGCUGGAGGCCAUAUGAAAUUCACUCAGCCACACCCAUUGAUGAGAUCCUCAGCAUGUUCAAGGUGGAACGUGUCCACUACUCUUCCACGUGGUGUGAGGGAAUGGUGACCCUGCUGAAGAAGUUGCUGACCAAGGACCCCGAGAGCCGCCUGUCCAGCCUUCGUGACAUCCAGAGCAUGACCUACCUGGCUGACAUGAACUGGGAUGCAGUGUUCGAGAAGACACUGAUGCCUGGCUUUGUGCCCAAUAAAGGGAGACUGAACUGUGACCCCACAUUUGAACUUGAAGAGAUGAUUCUAGAAUCCAAGCCGCUUCACAAAAAAAAGAAGAGGUUGGCCAAGCAUAGGUCCAGAGACAGCACAAAGGACAGCUGUCCACUGAACGGACACCUGCAGCAGUGUUUGGAGACAGUCCGGAAGGAGUUCAUCAUAUUCAACCGAGACAAACUCAGGAGGCAGCAGGGACGUGAUAGCCAGCUCUCAGACCUGGAUGGCCGAGUAGGAAGCCAGACCUCAAGCAAGCUGCAAGAUGGUCGAAACAACAACAUUCUGACCCAUCCAUGCCCCCGAGGCUGCAGCAGCUAAGCUCACCUGCCUAGAUGGCACUCUGUCUGCCCCAACACCCAGAACCCCUCCUCUGUCCCCUGAUGGGCCCCAUGUCACCCCUAAAACAUCAGAUGCAGAAAGAGCUCUGUACUCAGGGCUCUGGUUUCUGUUUCCAGCUGAUUUGCUGUGUGACCUUGAGCAAAUCACACAUUCUCUGUGCCUCAGUUUUCUGCAUCUGUGGAAGGGGUUAAACAGCUCUCUGCCCCAUCUCUAGUCAUAAGUUGAUGAGAAUCUGGUUGGCCUGCAUAUAUGUAAACUCCUGGGCAUUAAUCACGUAUUUAUACAUGUAAAAUAUCUUAAUAUUUGAAGUGUCCUCCCUAGACCCCCAAAUCAUUUAAAUCAUGAGGACUUUGCAAUUUGGCCCAUCCUAGCUUGUUUGAUGAUACUUUCAACAACAUAAAUAGCUGACAUGUUUGCCCUCCUAUGGGACUUCCAGGUCCCAAAGCAACCAAGAAGAGUCAUCCACAGACUUCCCGGCCUUCUGGAAUGGUGCAACAUAAAGACAAGCCCAGGAGUUUCUGCUGCAGAUAUGCUUUUCCCUGACUCAUGGAAGGCUGCCCCCACCUUUGGAUUUCAGCAAUCACCAGCUCUCACCAUAGCCCCAUAUCCCUGCUGGAUGGCACUCAGGUGUCUCUGGUCAUUCCUCCCUCCCACAGAGUGUCAUGGGAUCCCAGAGAAGACUCAUCCUGCAGAACUUCAGUCCCCACCAUCCUUCCAGGUUUUCCUUCCCAGGAAGAAUAUAAAAUAGUCCAGUCAGCCUAUCAUGCAAAGGCUCCCUAGCUGAGUAGUCAGAGCUUCCUAUUGAUACCUUGGGAAGCCUCGAUGCUUAGAGUCUAUUGUAGACAGAAGCAGAAUCACCCAGGAAGCCAAGUAUUUUAUACCCUGGCCAGGGACCAGCUGAAUCUUGAGCUGAGGAUGCUGAAGUUUGCAAAGAAAGCUAGUUGUAGCCAAGACUGGAAGACCUCUGCAAGUCAUGUGAUUGCUCAAAGGUCAAUGUCUUCAUUUUCAAACCGGAAGGAGAAGGACUGUCUUGUUAUGGGGCUUGAUAAGAUCCCAUGUGUCACAUAGUGAUGACUGACAGCCAGCAACCAUUGGUCAUCACUCUCAUCCUUCUCAUUUCUCUUCCUCCUCCUGUUUUCCAUC